UCUUUCUAUAUUUACCGUAGAUAUGCAGUGGUUUUGCCAGUUACCGUCUGCAAGAAGACAUGCUAUUAUUUCACGAAAUAUUUGUAAACCUGAAUGACCUUAAUUCUCUUAAAUUUAUUCAAAGAUGCCACAACAAUGUAAAAGUGCCCAUUUUCUUUUGGGCUGUCAAGGCAAUAUAAGAACGAAAUUUUUUAUGUGUGUAUGGCGGGCUGACCAAAUAACUACAAGUUGUUAAAUCCUCUCAAGAUUUUAGUUGUAGGCUGCUUUUUGCUUGCGGUUAUUUUGCGAGAUCUGCUAAUUUUAACACAGCGCAGACACAAACGCAUGCGCAGAUAAAACGGACCUUUGUCCAGAAAGUUUGAUUGUGAUGUUAUAAUAGGAACUAGCGAGGGAAUGGAAAACACACGUAAGGGCUACGGAGAAUGAGUACAGCGUGAAUCACAGCUUCUGAAAGAUUUGCGCCGGAUAGUCACAGUUUCUCUCACACAUAUCUAAUGGAACCUCAACAUCAAGAUAACUACCAUUUCAACAUGAAAAAUCCCAGAACUUAAAAGUGACCGUUGAAGAAGAACUGCAUGGAUCCAGUGGCUAUUUCAGUGCUUAGAUCUGGAAACUUUUAGAGAGCAAGAGGGAGACGGGAAGAUAAGCAGUGAUGUAACAUCCCCCCCCCCCCAGAUGGAGGACCCUGUGUACGAUUUUCCGGAACCACAGCCCCCGGUGCAGCGGGCGUCUCCCCAGAGGGGCUCGCUGAAGAGCAUCAGUGUGCUGGACCGCCUGUUACUCACUCACCCCGUCUGGCUGCAGCUGUCAAUCAACUCUGCCACUGCCCUGCACAUCCUGCAGAGGGAGCCACCGGGGAAUUUUCUGGUGCGCAAGUCCACCACGUCCCAGAAGAAGGUUCUGUGCGUGAGGCUGACGGACGACAGCGUGCCCUCCUUCGUCAAACAGUUCAUCAUUCGCGAGCAGGACUCUACCUUCUCCCUGGAAAGCUCAGCCAUUAGUUUCCCAGACCUCUGCCGUCUGAUUGCCUUCUACUGUGUCAGCAGGGAUGUCUUGCCCUUCCCCCUGGAGCUCCCCGAAGCCAUAGCGAAAGCCUCGUCCCACAAACAGCUGGAGUCCAUCUCGCACAUGGGCGUGGAGUUCUGGAGUUCACAGCUGAAUUUCCGGGGCCCCCGCAAUGGUCCUCCGACGGUGGACCAAACCAUGCUGCCUAGCCCCACCCCUCAGGACUGCGCCACGCCCCAGGAGAACCCCACCCUGUUCCAGGAGUUCUGCCCCAUCCACACGCGCAGCCCGCUGGAGCUGGACUGCGGGGCGGGGCAGGGGGCGCUGUGCUUCAUCAACCCCAUGUUCCUGAAGGAGCCCGGCUGCGCCGCCCUGUACAGGCGCCACCAGUUCAAGCGCAGCCUGAAGGUGCGCAUCUCCACGGAGACCUCCAGCCCCCUGUCCCCUCCAGCCGCCCCGCCCCCUCCCCCGCCCCUGCUGGCCAAGGGGUGCCGCAAGAAGGCCGGUAAACGCGGGGAGAUGGGGGCGGAGCCAGCUGGAGGGGUGGAGCCAGUCAAAGAGGCAGAGCCACCCAGUAAGGCGGAGCCAGAGCAUGAGGAUUCAGACUACAGGGAACCCUGCUUCGCACUGCUGAAAAAGGGCAGUACUGCGACAGGGCUCCUGCAGUGCCCCACUGCCCUUUCCCCCACCGAGGAGGAAGACUACCACAUGCCGAAGGCUCUGCUGCAGGGGAAGGCGGAGCCAGGCUUGGAGGAGGAGCCAGUGAUGUCCGAAGCAGAGCUGGUGCUGGAAAAGAAACACGCCCCCUCCCUCAGCGAGCUGGACAGCAGCAGUUCCCUCAGCAGCCUGGAGGAGGUGGACGAGAGUCCGGAACGACCGCCGCUGACGCGGGGCACCAGCUACCCGGCCGCGCCCUCCGGGCCACGCCCGCCCGUCUCCGCCCUGCGCAAGAUGAGCGCGGCCUUCGCCUCCUUCUUCGUCCCGGAGAAGCGCGUGGCGCGGCUGGUGGAGGACCUGUCGCGGGACCGGCGCACGUCGUUCGGGGGCCUGGUGCAGGACUUCCUGCGGCAGCAGCGGGAGGGGCUGAAGGCCCAGAGCCACGCCUCCUCUGUCCAUCUGCUGCAGGGUCUGCGCCACUUCCUGUCUGAGGCCAAGCAGUUCCUGCUGGGCUGUGGCGAGCUCGAGCCUCCUAUUGAAACCCUUCUGCCCGAAAAUGAGACAGACCAGGCGCUGGAGAAGGCCAUGUUCCGGUGCGUUCUGAAGCCUCUGAAGGCCCAGCUGGACGCCGCGCUGCGCUCCCUGCACACGCGGGACGGCUCCACCCAGCUGAUGAUUGACGGCCUGCGCGCAUCCCAGGACGGGGCACUGGAGCGCUUCGGGGUACGAGUGAGCGUGCCGGACGCCCCGGUCAUGGACAAGGUUCGGCAGAAGCUGGCCCUCCUGCAGCGGGCCUACUCCCCCGUUGACAAGGUGCUGCUGCUGCUGCAGGUGUGCAAGUGCGUCUACACCGCCAUGAAGACUGACCCAGGCCAGGAGUUUGGUGCAGAUGAGUUCCUGCCAGCCCUGGCCUAUGUAAUUAUGCAGUGCAACAUGCCAGAGCUGCUGGUGGAAGUGGAGUACAUGAUGGAGCUUCUGGAGCCAGUGUGGCUCACAGGAGAGGGUGGAUACUAUCUGACGAGUGUGUACGCCAGCCUAUGCCUGAUACAGAGCCAGCCUGAGGCCCCGCCCUCUGGUGGGAUAACGAAUAAGGCCCGGGAAUCGCUGAAGGAGUGGAGCAGGCGCCGUAGCAACGAGGCUCGGAGCCAGAGGGACCAGCAACACCAGCGGUUUGUGCGGGUGCUGUUCCAGGAGGGAGAGUACAGCUCGAUGAAGACUCUGGUGUGGAAGGUGGGGGACAGCGGCGAAUCCCUGGCCAAGCUCUGCGCCUCCAAGUUCGGGGUGGCCGAGCCGGAGCAGUAUGCCCUCUACUGGCGGGGGGGCGGUGAGGCGCAGCCUGUCCCUCCGGAGGCCCAGGUGCAGGACCUGCAGAUCCAGGGUGGAGCUGGCCCCGCCCUCACCUACCAGCGCUGUGACCAGGACCCCAGCAAGACGCGCAAGCUGACCAGAGGUGGCGCCGUGGACCUGGGGGAGUCACACUGAGAGCCCAGAAAGAGAGGGAGGUCUGCAUUUGUAGGGUUCUGGGUGGCCCACUGAAGGCCGGUACAUUGUUGUUGCUCAUGGUGGAUCAUUUCAGCCCUGAUACAGAGACCAGCAAUCCCGCCAUGUCUUGUAAAUGACAGGAGGGAGGUGGUCCACACCCUCAGUGAGGCUUUAAUCUUCUUUGUUCUACUUUCCCAGCCCACACUAGUAAUAUUGUCUCCAGCUGGAGGGAACCUGUCCACCUCUCUCAAAAACUGGAACUGCAGUUUGUAAAGGGCCAGUUCAAGCACAGUCAUUUCUAGAUUAAAAAAUAAACAAAACAAAACCAGCCUCUUGAAGGCAUGGUAAAUGGACUGCAUUUAUAAAGCACUUUUAUCCAAAGCGCUUUACAAUUCAUUCACCCAUUCACUCACACUCACACACUGACGGUGAAAGGCUGCCAUGCAAGGUACCAAUCAACUCAUUGGGAGCAAUUAGGGGUUAGGUGUCUUGCUCAGGGACACUUCGACACGCCCAGGGCGGGAGAUCGAACCGGCAACCCUCCGACUGCCAGACAACUGCUCUUACCUCCUGAGCUAUGUCGCCACCAGUGAAGACGAACUUUCCACUUCCCAUAUCCCCAUGUUAAAACAAAACACUGAUUAUUAUGUAAAAGACCAUCCAUUUUUACAAACCCAUUCACACACCGCCCUCUUUCAUUGUAUUAAGAGACAGGUAAUGUGUUCUCAAUCAUCUACCAGUGUUGAAUUUCCAACCUAGUCUAAAAACUCAAAAGUGGUGAAACUAAUAUUUGUUUUUAUACAGUCGAUAGAUCUGUAGUAGCCUGUUUAUAAACUGCCAAUUCCAGUAGCCUAUUAGGCAAGAGGACCUGCUGAGACUGGACUGUUGUGCACGUGUGCAGACGGGCUUCUGUGUUAGUGUGGUAAUGCAUAAUGAAUAGGCCACAACUCCUUUGGUUUUAACAUCACAACACCUAGCAAUGCUGCUUGGCUAGACACAAGCAUUUGUAAUGUAUUUAUUUAUUUAUUUAGCUUUAUUUGUGAGGGGGACAGGCCAUCUGCCGUCAUGUUUUUAACUUCAAAAAUACAUGUGUAUGUGUUUUGUUUCUGGAUGAAACCGAAUCUGAAAAUGUACUCUGCUGGACGUUUCUUUGACAGUAAUAUGAACGUGGAGAAUUCCUGCAUGCUGAGUGCCUGUGUGAAAAGAUAUGCAGUGCCUUGUGCGAUGCUUGUGUGUAAAGGUACCGCCGUGCGACGUGUGGUGUUUGUGUGCUGUAUUCUGAGCAAAAGCAGUCCCAGUUCACCCAGGCACUCUCCACUGUUUAACAGUGUGCUGUACUAUUGUUUCAUAAGAACUAAUAAAAUACAAACAUGUACUUAAA